GGGCGCGCGCGCGCACGCGCCGUAUGUCACGGGGCAAGGCGAGCGCGGCGAGGCGCUCCUGGCCUGGCGUCCUGAAUCCACAGACCUCGCCAUCUCCCUUGCCCCGGCCCAGCCUGGCCCGUCCCCAUGUACCGCGCGCUGUACGCGUUCCGCUCGGCCGAGCCCAACGCGCUGGCGUUCGCCGCGGGCGAGACCUUCCUGGUGCUGGAGCGCAGCAGCGCGCACUGGUGGCUGGCGGCGCGGGCGCGCAGUGGCGAGACGGGCUACGUGCCGCCCGCCUACCUGCGCCGCCUGCAGGGCCUGGAGCAAGAUGUCCUCCAAGCCAUUGACCGGGCCAUUGAGGCUGUGCACAAUGCAGCCAUGCGGGAUGGUGGCAAGUACAGCCUGGAGCAGCGCGGAGUUCUCCAGAAGCUGAUCCACCACCGGAAAGAGACCCUGUCCCGCAGAGGCCCCUCAGCCCCCAGCCCUGCAGCUAUGACCUCAUCCACCAGUGACCAUCAUUUGGAUACGGCUGCCGCUAGGCAGCCCAAUGGGGUGUGUCGAGCUGGGUUUGAGCGACAGCACAGCCUGCCCAGUUCUGAGUAUCUUGGGGCAGAUGGAGGCCUCUACCAGAUCCCACCACAGCCUCGCCGAGCAGCACCCACUACGCCACCCCCACCUGUGAAGCGCCGAGACCGCGAGGCCCUGGUGGCCUCAGGGAGCGGCGGCUGCAAUACCACGCCCUCCGGGGGCAGUUCUGUGUCCAGCGGCUCCUCUGUCAGCAGCACCUCCCUUGACACGUUCUAUACAGGCUCCAGCUCCUCUGAGCUGGGCCCCAGCUGCUCACCCACACCCCCACCUGUGCCCCGCCGAAGCACCCAUACUACUGUGUCCCAAGCUCAGCCCCCUCCCUCCAAGGUGCCAAACCCUGAGCCCCCUGCAGAGGAGGUGGCAGUUGAUACAGCCCCAGCCCCUGAUGAGCUGGAGGCCCUGGGCGCACUGAGCCUGGGAACCACAGAGGAGAAGGCGGCAGCUGAGACUGUCGUGCCCAGGACCAUCGGGGCAGAGCUGAUGGAGCUUGUGCGGAGAAACACCGGCCUGAGCCAUGAGCUAUGCCGGGUGGCCAUUGGUGUCGUGGUGGGUCACAUCCAGGCCUCUGUGCCGGCCAGCUCACCUGUCAUGGAGCAGGUCCUCCUCUCGCUGGUAGAGGGCAAGGACCUGAGCACAGCUCUGCCCUCAGGGCAGGUCUGCCAUGACCAGCAGCGGCUGGAGGUGAUCUUUGCAGACCUGGCCCGGCGGAAGGAUGAUGCCCAGCAGCGCAGCUGGGCCCUGUAUGAGGAUGAAGGUGUCAUCCGCUGCUACCUGGAGGAGCUGCUGCAUAUUCUGACAGACGCAGACCCUGAAGUUUGCAAGAAAAUGUGCAAGAGAAAUGAGUUCGAGUCUGUCCUGGCCUUGGUGGCCUACUACCAAAUGGAGCACCGGGUGUCACUGCGGCUGCUGCUUCUCAAGUGCUUUGGUGCCAUGUGCAGCUUGGAUGCGGCCAUCAUCUCCACGCUGGUGUCAUCUGUGCUGCCUGUGGAGCUAGCGCGGGACAUGCAGACAGACACGCAGGACCACCAGAAACUCUGUUACUCUGCCCUCAUCCUGGCCAUGAUCUUCUCCAUGGGGGAGGCAGUGCCCUACGCACACUAUGAGCAUCUGGGCACACCCUUCGCCCAGUUCCUGCUGAGCAUUGUUGAGGACGGGCUGCCCUUGGACACCACGGAGCAACUGCCGGAUCUCUGCAUGAACCUGCUUCUGGCUCUCAACUUGCACCUGCCAGCCCCUGACCAGAACAUCAUCAUGGCUGCCCUGAGCAAACACGCCAAUGUCAAGAUCUUCUCCGAAAAGCUGCUGUUGCUCCUGAACAGAGGGGAUGAUCCUGUGCGCAUAUUCAAACACGAGCCGCAGCCACCGCACUCCAUCCUCAAGUUCCUGCAGGACGUGUUCGCCAGCCCUGCCACGGCUGCCAUCUUCUACCACACAGACAUGAUGGCGCUCAUCGACAUCACCGUGCGGCACAUUGCAGACCUGUCACCUGGAGACAAGCUGCGCAUGGAGUACCUCUCCCUGAUGCAUGCUGUGGUCCGCUCCACACCCUACCUGCAGCACCGCCACCGGCUCCCUGACCUGCAGGCCACACUUCGACGCAUCCUGACUGAGGAGGAAGCCUCACCCCAGUGCCAAAUGGACCGCAUGAUUGUCCGAGAGAUGUGCAAGGAAUUCCCAGUGCUGGGCGAGGCCCCCAGCUAGCACCUUCCUUUCCUCCCUUCCCUGCAGCCCUGGGCAGAGUGCAGGGGACUUGGAGGUUUGGCCCUAAGAAAGUUUCACACUGACGGUGUGAGGGGAGGUGAUGGUAGAAGGGACCUGAGCAGGGCUCCCCACCUGAAAUAGAGCUGAUUCGAGGGGCCAAGCACAGGAUUGGGGACCACGCUCUGGGAGCUAUGCUGGGGCAGGGGGAAUGUGUGAACUGAAGCCCUUCUAUCUCCUGGUAGGCUGCCUCUUCAGCAUGCCCCCCCCCCACCCCCAUGUACACAUGCACACUCAGAGUCCUGCUGCUGCUCCAGGCUGGGCCAGAGCCCUCAUUGCCCCCUGCCUGGUCUGUGUCCUGGGCUUCAGCAAGCCAUGUCCUUGGGGUGAGAGGAGGCACCUUCCACCAGCUGUCUUCUUUGCCUUAGCUUUGCAGUGAGUGCUGCUCAUGUGCUCUGCGUGAAACCCCCCCCCCAAUCCCUACCCCAUGGGAGUCACUGCCCCUCAGUCCCACCCCCAGGGUCUUGGCCAAGUUGCUGCUUUGAAAGCAGAAUUGUGGAGACAUGCCAUCAAUCCUGGAGCCUCACAGAAUAUGGGGUGAUGGCACUGAUAAAGCCAAUGAUAGAAUCUAUUUUCUCUGUAAAAACGUAGACUGAAAAGCCAUGUGUAUUUUCCUAUGUCCUGCAGCUCACCUUUGGAAAUAAAUCACAGGCAUCUGGAAA